CUGUAAUGUUUAGUGUAUUGUAAUAUUAUUUUUUGUAUGUAAUGCGUAUAUAUGUUAGCACUAGAUUUGGCUUAAUCACUGACUUGAUUUAUGUCUUGAAGCAGUACAUCAAAAAAUUUUUUUUUAUUCGUACAUUCAGUAAUUCCAUCUAGCCUUACACCAGGUUCUCUGGACUGUACGAACGUCUUGCCAUCUCAGUUUUCAACGAACCAGCAACCUGCUGCAAUCGCUGUUGUCGGUUAUUCCAUAUUUGAACGUAGUAUAGUAAUAUAUAAUUAGUAUUAACAAAAACUCUUUUUUCUACCAUAAGUUUCAAAGUGAAAUUUUGUAGAAAAGUUUUAAUUGAGGAAUUACGACGAUGUCAGAUAUAACAAAAUUCUACAACGGUAAAACUAUUUUUCUCACCGGCGGGACAGGUUUCCUUGGAAUAUGUUUGAUCGACAAAAUAUUACGCACAUUACCUGACAUAAAGAAAAUUUAUUUAUUGCUGCGAGUGAAAAAGGGAAAGCAAAUAGAGGACAGAUUGGAAGAAAUCAAAAAAAAUUCGGUAUUCAAUAGAUUAAAAGAAGAAGAUAAAGCUCAUCUUUUUGACAAAUUAGUUCCUGUUGCUGGUGAUAUAGGAGAAGAGAAUUUAGGAUUAUCAUCUGCAGAUAGAUUGACUAUAGUUGAAGAAGUUCAAAUUGUUUUCCAUUCUGCAGCAACAUUAGAUUUUCAAGCAGAUUUGAAAUCUACUACUAAUAGCAACUUGUUGGGUACACGCAGAGUUGUGGAACUAUGUCAGGAAAUAAGGGAUUUAAAAGCAAUGGUACAUGUUUCUAGCGCUUAUGUCAACUCAUAUUUACUUGAAGCAGAAGAACGUAUAUAUCCUGCCCCGUGUGAUGUAAAUGAAUUGUUAAAAUUAGUUGAAUCAUUAGAUGAUGCAACUUUAAUAGCUCAAACACCAGAUAUAAUAAAGGAACAUCCAAACUCUUAUACAUUUACAAAACAUUUAGCUGAGCAUGAAGUUAAAAAUGGACGCAUUCCAGCUACUAUUGUACGUCCAUCCAUGAUUACGGGAGCAUGGAAAGAACCAGUCCCCGGAUGGACAAUAUCAAAGAAUGGUCCACAAGGAUUCUUAAUGGGUGCUAGCAAAGGUGUAAUAAGAAGAUUACCACUCGCGAAACAUUUAGUUUAUGAUUAUAUCCCAGUAGAUAUUGUUGUAAACAAUCUUAUUGCUGCAGCUUAUGCAGUUCACAGAGAUGGUGGAAGAGAAUUAAAAGUACAUCAUUGUACAAGCAGUACAACUAAUCCGUUUAAAUGGGUGGACAUAGAGGACCAAAUGAAUGUUUACUUACGUAAAUUCCCAUUAAAAAGUGCAGUAUGGUAUCCUCAUAUAAAACUGGUGUCAUCAAUAUUUUUAUUCAAGCUUUCAGCAUUUUUUGUACAUUUUAUUCCUGCAUAUAUCUUGGAUACUGUUGCUAGAUUAGCAGGAGGAAAACCAAUAUUAGUAAGAAUGCAUACCAAUGUGAAUAACUCCCUAGCUCGUUUGGAAAAGUUUAUCUUUACUGAAUGGAAGUUUCACAAUCCUUGUCAGAUGGAGUUAUAUGAGUCUUUAUCAGAGGAUGAUAAACAGUUAUUUAAUUUAGAUAUUAAGUCGUUGCUAUGGGUAGACUAUUUUAGAGAUUUAACACUAGGGGUCAGAACAUACUUGCACAAUGAGUCUCCAAAAACAUUAGCGAAAGCACGUUCCAAAGAUAAAAAAUUAAUGAUUGCACAUUUGGGUUUACAAGCUGCAAUAUUGGCAUUUAUUUGGUGGUUGGUGAAAACUAUUUUUGCUACUACUUGGACCAAGACGGGAUUAGUUGUCCCAAUUAUUUACUUCCUCUUUGAUCAGUUGUAAAAAUUACAGUUUGGACUGCUUCUAAUUUAAAUGUAUGAAUAGUAGUCGAACAAAUUUCUGUUUCUGAACAUACAUCAAACACGCGGGAUACAUUCUUAUUAAAGCAGAAUGAAAUUAAUUCACUGAAGGCAUAAUGGUAUUUACAUAUUGUCACACAUUGUCAUGCAUUCGUUACAUACUCCUGACGGUGUUGGGAAACAAAACAAAUUAAGUAUUAUGCUUGAAUACUGUUUUAUAUAUUUUAAUAUGUUAUUGUUUAUAAUAAAGAAAUAAUAUAAAUACAGUAUGUGUAUAGUUGAAAAUUGAGAUUGAAUGUUAUCAUUAUUUUUAUAUCAGAUUAGAAAAGUAUGUAUAGUUUGUAUGUAUGUAUAUUUUUGGUAUAUUUUU